AGCACUAGACGACAAUCGCCUCUCAGGACCCCUCCCACCAGCGCUUGGAAACCUUCCCAGUCUCGACGCACUCUAUGCUGCAAGCAACUCCCUCGAAGGCCCCAUCCCUGCCAGUUUCAACCGCCUCAACAGCCUCAUGUACCUGGACCUGAGUUACAACAAGGGCAUCAACGGGUCCAUCCCAGCCUUCCUGGGAAACCUCUGGCUGCUCGAGUCGCUGGCCAUGGAGCACUGCAAUCUCACCGGCCCCAUCCCACCCUCUCUAGGCGCCCUCAGCCUCCUCGUGGAAGUCUUUCUCGACGGCAACAGCCUCUCCGGCCGCAUCCCAGCAACUCUCGGCAGCCUAGAGUCACUCAACAAGCUCUAUCUCAGCCGUAACCGCCUCACCGGGAGCAUCCCGGCUCAGCUGUGCCGCCUGGCCAAUAUCUACGAGCUCCAGCUGGCUCGCAAUGGGCUCAAUGGGUCGAUUCCAGCCUGUUUGACUGCCCCACCGCGCCUGAGACUGCUCGACGUCUCCCACAACCACCUCACAGGCAAACUCCCUCCCAUCCCAAAGAAAUCCAAUCUCGUCUUCUUGUAUGCCGGUAACUGCCUCGACCGGGCACCCAACCAGGACUGCCGUACCAGCGCCUCCUCCCUUGCUGCUACACCCUCUUCUUCUCCCUCCUCUGCCCCUCUCUCUGCUCCCACUUCUCCCUCUGCUCCCACUUCUCCCUCUGCUCAUCCCUCUGUUCCCUCCUCUCAUCCUGCCGCUCCUCCCUCUGCUCCCCCCUCUGUUCCCUCUGCUCCCCCCUCUGUUCCCUCUGCUCCCCCCUCUGUUCCCUCUGCUCCCCCCUCUGUUCCCUCUGCUCAUCCCUCUGUCCCUCUCUCUGCUCCCUCUUCUUCUCCCUCCUCUUCGCCCCCCCCUUCUCCUCACGCUGCCCCCUCCUCUGCCCCCUCCGCUGCUCCCUCCUCUGCUCCCCCCUGUGCUGCUCCCCCAUCAAGCAGCCUUGCUCCUGCCUCUUCCUCUUCUCCUGCCUCCUCCCCUGCCUCCGCCUCUUCUCCUGCUCCCUCCUCUUCGCCCUCCCCCGCCCCUGCUUCCCUUCCCGGCCCCACUUCUCCAUCCACAUCAGCACCGUCCACGCCAGCACCGUCCACAUCAGCACCAGUGCUUACUUCUCAACCACAGCAGCAGCAGGGAACCUCACCAGGGUCUAAUAAAUCAGCUUCAAGCAACGGAUGCUUUUAA